AUGGAGGUCUGCCUCGACCUGGGGAUGGACAUCCUGUGGCUGUCGUGCGAGGGUCUGGGCCUCCGCCCCGACUACCUGGAGGGGGAUAUCAGUGGCGACGACGUCGUGCUCCACGUCGGCGGCUGGCCGGAGGUCGUCAUGGAGCAGGGCCUUCGGAAGCCGUUCACGCACUACGCCAUCCGCGAGACGUUGUGGCGCUUCCUGUCCGAGAACAGCAGCGCCAGGUUCGUUGUGGCGGGGCACAGCCUUGCCGGCAGCACCUGGGCCUCACCCUACUGCUUGUCACCCCACACCGGCGUCUGGCUUGCAUCCAAGGACGUUCCCAAGCAGAUCAAUUCAGGAUCCAUUGCUUCUAUUGUUGUGGCUACGACAUCAUCUCCGGCUGCAGUGGGCGCUCAAUUGGUGUUUAACGAAAUGCCAAGCUGGUACAUCAUCAUCCUCAACCUUGCAUAUUCAGUUGAUGUUGUGCCUACUUUUUCUGCAUCCGAGUCAUAUAUUGUUCAGAAGGUGUUUGUGAGACUGCUUGUUGAGAAUCAAGUGCAUCUUGCAUCAAUCAGAGAUAGCGCCCAACUAAGGCCGCUUCCUUGGCCAUCCUUCUCUAGUUAUGCAGCUUCUGUGCAGUUGAACACCUCCAUACCAGUGGUACUUCACCAGAUGGGUUCCCUCUUUUGUUGGCUAGAAUUUACACAGUUGAGGUUGUGCCAUCUUUGGCUACCUGGUCCUAAUUCUCCUGAUGGAGUUCUUGUUAUUUCAGCAGACAGUUCCAAGUGUCAGCCCUGUGUAUUACUAAGGCAACUUGACAGUGCAAAGGCUCAGCGACAUGUACACAUGUCUGCGCCUGUGUGUUUGAUUGUUGCUCAAAUUAUUUUAGUCCCUUGGAAGUUUUGGACAUGGUUCCACAGAUGUACCUCUGAUCUGUUUAUGCAGUUGACAGUUCCUUUGGUCACCACGUGUUUGGGCAUAUAG